GACUGACUUUAUGAGUGGGGGUGUGGCCUCGUUGUGGCGCCGCAUCACUCUGCCUGAAGUUUUAAGCGGAACCUGCUGUCCUUGUCUUCAGCUGCUUGUAUUUUGAGCACUUUAACGGGACUUUUGUCGUGUUUCCGGGUCACGUGAAGGGCCAGGUGGAGUGAGAUUCAGGAUUAACGCAGCAGAAACACAGAAAGAAAGGCUCCAUCUUUUGCACGCUAGUGGGGAAUUAGACAAGGUGCGUUUUAAGCUCUCACAGGUUGGUUUGAAGUAGUUUGGUGAUGGAGUGGAGAGAGCAGACGGCAGUCGGAUGUGAGGUGGCGUUCAGAGAGGCACAGCGAUGGAUCGAGGAAGUGACCAAGAAGAGAUUCGGGAGCAGUAACUUUAGAUCUGCCCUGGAGAAUGGAGUCUUGUUGUGCGACCUGAUCAACAAACUCAAGCCCGGGAUCAUCAAGAGAGUGAACAGACUCUCGACCCCCAUCGCCGGAUUAGACAACGUGAAUGUGUUUCUGAAGGCCUGUGGAAAACUCGGGCUGAAUGACGCACAGCUCUUCCACCCCGGAGACUUGCAGGACGUGUCCACUCGCGUGACCGUCAGGCGUCAGGAGACUUCCAGGAGACUGAAAAAUGUUCUGAUCACGAUAUACUGGCUGGGAAGGAAGGCUCAGGCCGACCCAUCCUACAGCGGCCCACAGCUCAACUUUAAAGCUUUCGAAGGUCUGCUGGGUGUCGCCUUAUCCAAAGCUUUAGAGGAGGCGUCGUGCUCCAAGUCCAGUGUGAGGGACAGUGGUUUUGCAGAGACCUGGUACCCUGACAGGGAGGUGCCGAGCUACAGGAGGGAGGAUUCAGUGGAGAGCCUGGACUCGGUGGAGUCGCACACUCUGAGUGUGGCAUCAGAUUGUACAUUAAUAGCAGGCAGUGAAGGGUUUGGGAGCGACGCAGAGGCAGAGCACUGCUUUAGGAUGACUGAGCCUCUGUCUGCAUCUGGUACAGAGAGACGAAACCUCCCGGCUGCACUGAGGAAGAAAAGAUUUGUGCAGCAUGAAGAAGGUGGCAGGGGUCGUGUCAGCCCGCUCCACAGUGAAAAUGGGAGGGGCUUAGACAGUCCCUCCCUCGACCUCCCUCCCGUUUCUGCUUUCCACCAAUGGGCACAUGAUUACCAGAGUGACUCCGAGUCUGACUCUGAUCGGCCCGAACCAGACCUUGUUCAGGACGACCUCGCGAGCCGUCGCUUCCGCUCAGCAACCCCAAACACUCCUACAAACUUCGCUGUCCCUCUGAACCCCAGAAGUAUGAGACCGUUCCCUGCAGUGAGCCCCAGUGCAAGAAGGUCGUGGGUCACCAUGUCUGAUGCCUCUCGGUUGGCUGCUGGUCCUCAUGAAAUGUCGAGCCAGAGCAGCACGCCCCCGCUACCCAGCAGCAUGGACAGCGGAGACGGCUACAGAAAGAGCACUCUGGAGGACGAGCUUCUCCUGCGAGCUUGGAAUGAAGAGUCGAGUGAAUCAGACGAGGGCCAAGGCUUUGCUGACCCCGUUCAGGAUGACCUCUACGCUCGCAGGGUGCUUCAGGCUACCCAUCAGACCUCUGUCAACACAGAUUCAGACAAGUUCCUGCCCAAGUACUGGACUCCUGAGGAGGACGCUCAUGUGGGGAGGAUCAGACUCGGGUCACAGCGCAGACCCUGGUACAAGAAGAUGCAGGGCUUCAGGAGCAAGUCCAUGAGUGACAUCACCCCGGAGCCCGUAGCACAGGAGGCUGAAAGCAGCACGUCUUUUCAUCCUCUGAAGAGUCAGCGCGGUAAAGCUGCGACAGUUUCCCUGCGACAGGAGCGGAUACGGCAGUAUCAGGCCAGGCUGAGGGAGAGCGAGGCCAAGUGGCAGGAGGACCUGACCAGGUGGAAGACUCGAAGGCGGAGUGUGAACUCUGACCUGCACAGGAAGAAAGACGAACAAGAACAACUCGGGUUCAUGAGCAGUGGGACUGUCCCAGUCGGAGGGGAGCAGGAGCAAAGUUUUUGCAGGAGGAGCCUACAGAGGGAGGAGACUGAUUUGGCCUCCACGGCUACAGAUGAGGCCUUUACUCCUUCUCCAUUGACCUCCAGCAGCAGCAGCAGCAUGCCAGGACCCAUAAACACGACCGGACCUGCUCCUGUACACAGAGGCUGUUCUCAUGCUAACGAUACGAUUGAAGCGAGUCAUCACACACCUCCUGUAGUGAGCGCAGCAUCUGAUCACGUGCAGAGCUCCUCAUCUCCCUUCCUGCCAGCCUCGGAUACAGACUCUGCUCCAGUGCCAGUCUCGCGUGCCAAGUCUCUAGAAGGUGUCUUUCCAGGCACGCCACAGAUGUCCGCCGCGCUGCCCAGAGGUUUCCGCAGGUCAGAGGGCACUUCACGGCUCUCCACAGGCGUCACACCAAAACCGUUCAGCACCAAGACCUCCAGGAUGUCCACUCAGCCCAGAUUCUACUCUAUGGACGAUUCCCAUAGCGGCCAGCGAGAGCGACACCAGCUUCCUGCAUCUUUCCCCCACCGAGGAAUUGAUACAACUCCUGAUUACAAAGAUGACACUCGCUCCAGUACACAUGAAGCCGUCCAGUGGAGGAAGAAGAAAGAGGAAGAGAGGGGAAAGCAGAUGGACUCAGCUCCAAGCAUUCACUCCUUCAUGUCUGCUAGUGUCCUGAUACCAGACAAAGCCGUGUGUGUGAGCAGGGAGGAUGAGGUGGAUCACCGUGACAUGCAAGUCAGUCUGAAUCAGACGCCCAACAGCGGCACGGACUUCGGCUUUCAGGCUCGUUGGGACUCGACUGGCGCUCGCAUCAAAUCCGUCCAACCAGGCAGCCCGGCUCAUCUGUGCCACCUGCACGCGGGCGAUGAGAUUGUGGCUUUGGGUGGACAGCGAGUGGCCGAAAUGAGCUACGAAAAGUGGAAGGCCAAUAUGGAUGCUGCGCUGCGAGAGGGCAAGCUGCUGAUGGACAUCCGACGCCUCAGUCUUAAUGGUCAUCCAGAUCACCACGCCCCCAUCAGUAACACCUCCAGCCUGCCCAUGGAGAACGAGUCUAACGCGCAGGUCAACGGCCAUCCUGUUAAUGGUUUGCCAUCGAAAGCAAUGCAUAGGAGCUUCCAUGACAAUCCAGUCGCAAUAAAAAACAAAGGAGGCUCAGAGUCGGCCAUAUCGGAUCUGCAGGUUCCCUCCAUCGGUGCGUCAUCCUCAUGCCGGUCCUGGAACGCUGAAGAGGAAAGGAGGAAACAGGAGAAAUGGCAGAUGGAGCAGGAGCACCUUCUGCAGGAGAAGUACAGGCGUGAUCAAGAGAGACUAGAAGAAGCAUGGAGACGAGAUCAACAGGAAGCAGCAUUAGAAGAAAACAGCAACACGGAGAAGCAGGACGUGCCUUCUUUCCCCACUGGAAACAUUAUGCAUUACACUCCACCCCCGUUCCUCCACCGAUCAAAUUCCCCAACUUUUGUAGCGCUUACUCAGCAAGCGCAAGAGGCAGCACUCGUCCAGAACAAACAGGUCCAGAUAGCAGCAGGUCAUCCAACCAAGGACGAGUGUGAUUCAUCCUCAAAGACAAGUCAAUGGCCGAGCGAGUCUUAUGGAUUUACCAAGCUAACAGCUUCGGACAGGAAAAAGUCCAAAUCCACUCCCUCACUUGAUGGCAGCCACAAGCAAGACUCCAGAGUGGGUGUUAAGAAGAAGGGUCGCCUGUCUCAGGCUGAACAGGAGCGUCAGCAGAUCCUGGAGGAGAUGAGGAAGAAGACUCCGGUCCUCACAGACAGCAGCUGGAUUCGCCAGCGCCACACCUGUACCAUCCACAAGGAGCCCGUCAACGUGGCACCACUGAGAAGACAUGAGUCUCUGGACAACAUCCGCAGCAGCAGCAGCAGUGGCUCCUCGUCUAAGCAGUUCUCCAGCUCAUCUCAGCCUCUCUCGGGCCUGAGCGGCAUCAUUCCUUACCGAGGCUACUCGGGCCGCUGCAGCCUGGGCCCCGGUGCCGCCAUUUUCUCUAACGCUUUAAAGCAGAGCUCCUGGUCUCGGCCUACCUCCAUCUCUCCUGUAUCUGAUGAGGAGGCGUGUAACCGUCCCCAGCAGUGUGACAGGCUGGCGAGCCGCAGGCGACCGUGCUCCCGCUGCGAGCAGCCGCUGGUCAAGGGCCCGGCCAUGGUCAUCGAGUCUCUGGAGCUGUGCUUUCAUGUCGGGUGCUUUAAGUGUGUCAGCUGCAGGGCUGAGCUCAGGAGAGACCCAGAGUCUAGAGCUCAGGUGCGAGUCAGACACGGACAGCUCUUCUGCGACACCUGUUACAACAGACUCCGAGUCCGUACCGGCAUUCCCAAGUGACCACGAUGCAUCACAGCAGAUCACGGAGGAGACUUCCCCUGAAGAUGAUUCGGACACGGCAACUACAAGCUCAGCAUAAUUUCAGAUGGGAAUAAGCUACCUUCCACUUAUGUCACAGAUUUAAUAUUAAUAUUAAUAUGCCUAUUUAUGCACAUCAUCCAGUAUGUAGUUUCUUGAAUGUGUUUGUUUUUUUUAUUUUUAAAUAUGUCCUUUAAUAAAGAUAGAUUGCUGAAAUAGACACAGGAAUAAUUAGACUUCAUUCUUAUCCUGCUGAUCUGGACUGCAAAGCUGAAACGACGUAACAGUUGUUUUUUUUUCUUUCUUUCUUUCUUUUUAAAGCUGCUCUUGUAUCAUGACUUCUCUGCAUUACAGCUUGCAGCAGCACAGACUUUUGUUCCUCACACUGAUUUAAUAUGUAAUGUACAAUAUAUAUGCGUAUAUUCCUUAGAUAUUUAAGCACAUGAUGUCAGCACUUUCUUGUUCUUGGUCUUGGAAUGCACAUGGUUUAUUUUUUUGGAAGCAAGUCUGUUUUUAGGGAGAAAUCGCAAUGAUAUUUCCUCAUGUUUGUAAAUAAAAGGAUCUACUAUGCAUUUUA